AUAGGCGUACUGCAGGAUCAUGCGGCGUUGGCGCGCCGGCGACGCCGUCGAGGGCGUUCAAGGUUGAGUUCUGCGACGCGGAAGUAUGGAUUCCCCUCUCCUUCCUCUUCAGGGAGGCGGGCUGAAGCCCAAUCUACUUCAAACGCCUUCCUACUUUCAUGGCUCCGGGCCUGCUGGUUCAAAAUGUUGUAUGCUUUGCAACGUCGGAUCUCAGGGAACGGGUACGGGAAGAACAGGACGAAUACCAACAGCAGUUCCUGUCCAUUGUGAACCGGCUUCGCAGUCUGUGGCACCGCGGGCGUUGCCCCUUCGAUACGCAAGCUCGCCUUCCCAGCAGGGCCCCUUUGUCGGUUUUGGGCAACACGUGCUGUUGGGCAUCGCACCCUCUUUGCCCGUACCCAGCGCGGGCGUUCCAAUCAGGAGCCCUGGGCCAUGACCCGGCGGUCCUGCGAGCCAUCCCGGUCGCCUCUGCGGCCGUGGGCACGCCUCUCUGCACGGAGGGCUCCAGGGGCGAGCUGCCCGCAGCGCCCUUCAGCCUGGUGCUGUACGACGCGCGCGGGCACGGAGGAUCGAGCGGCUGGGACUGCCCGGGCUCCAGCCGCCCGUGCAGCACCCAGCAGUUCCACUGGAGGGCUCUCGGCGUGGACAUGCUCUUCGUGGCAGACCGCCACCGCAGCGCGGGCGCGGCCGCGGGCGCGCUGCUGGGCGGCUACAGCAUGGGCGCCUCCUCGGCGCUGUGGGCGGCAUUCCUGUGCCCCGCCGCGGUGCGCGGCCUGGUGCUGCUCAGCGUGACAACCGCCUGGGAGAUCCGAGACGGACGGCGAGGGAGCCUGAUCGACAUCGCAGAGGAGCACCGGCGACAGGGCCGCUUGGCUGCAGCCAGCGUGGUGCUUGGGGCCGCCGCCGCCGACUUGCCGCCGCUGGAAGACAUCCGCGCGGCCAGGAUGCAGAUGCCGGCGUUGCUGGCGGCCGCCGAGGACGACCCGACGCACCCGGCCGAGGUGGUCGAGAGGCUCGCAGCGGCGCUUCCCGCGGCCACGCUGCUGCUCACCGACAGCACCCAGGAGCUGAACAGCAAGUUCCCAGAGGCGCUGCGCAGCUGGCAUCGCCGGCACUUCUCGGACCCAGCUGGCUGAGGGCCGAGCCUGUCUCGGGGGAUCCACGAUGGGGUCCAGAGGGACACUGGCCCUGAAGGCGGGAGAGGGCUUCCAGAACGAACCUGCAGCGCCCAGGGCCUCCUCGCCCGAGAGCCGCAUUGCCCCACGUCUCGCGGCCCCCGUCCUCCCGAGUGCCGAGCCCAGGGCGCUGCCGCAGCAGGCCGCCGCGACGGCACGACACCGCCCAGGAGCUGAGCAGACAGAUGCCGGAGGCGCUGCGCUUCCGGCAUCGCCCGCACUUCUUCCUCAGGGCACUGCCAAAGCGUGCCGCCGCGGGGGGGGUCGGCGGCGCCGCCUGCCAGGGCGGCGUCGUCUGCGGCCUCGGGGCCCCUGCUUGCCGGUCGAGCGGCGCGCCCGAGAGGACCGGGCGAGCGGAGCGCCGCCUUCCAA